GAACUUGUGUAUAUUCUCUGUCGUUCACAGCUGGAGGUCACUCUGGACUUGGCGGAGAGGCGGCAGAUUCGCUCGGCCAUUAGGGAGCUGCGGCGGAAGGAGCUUGAGCGCUGUGAAGAAGCCCUGGCAUCUAAACGUUUCAGAUCGGAGAGGAAUAAUGCACAGGAGGACAAGGAGAAUCAGCCUGGCACUGAAAUGGAAGACAAGCAACAGAGAGCCCUGCGUACCCUGGCAGGAAGACUAGAGGAGAUGAGUGACGUGGAGGAGCUGACGGCCCUGCUUCGAAAUGCCAGUGAAUAUGAAGAGAGGAAACUUAUCCGGGCUGCUAUUCGGAAAAUAAGGAAUGAUGAGAUAGAAGCUGCAGCCCUGGCAGGCAUGCUGGUCAGCCGCUACACAGACGAAGAUGAUGGCACUGUACAGUCGACCAAAAGCAUGGAUGACUUUGGAGACACAACUCCUUCUUUGGCACAGGAGAAAGAGGACUUGGAAGAACGAAACCUCAUCAAAGCGCAGAUUCAUGAACUUCGUACCUCUCAAAAUGGAAGCAAUCGGACAGAAAAGAAUGAGACUGUUUCCGACAUAUCACUGAUUCUGAGUACUCCAAGAGAUAAGUUGUCAUCCUCGUCGUCCUCCUCCUCCUCAGAACCUGGAAAUAUGGCACAGUCCCAUACAACCGAGCAUUCCACACUCAGCCCGGACUCUGAAGAAGAGCCCCUACCAAGUGGCAGUAACGAGGUUUUCAUGGAGUCUGCCACUCAGAUUCUUAAUUCAGAACAGGAGAGCCUUCCAAGGACUACUAGUGUCUUCAGGGAGCCAGCUCCAGUUCAAAAACCUGAAUCCAGCUGGACAGAGAGAAAGCAGAAUUUGGCAAAUAAGCUGAAAGCUGAUACAAAUGGAUCCUAUCCAGCGGAGAAGGCGUCAAGGACAUGGACAGAGCCAGAUGGACAAGUGCCCCUUUCCCCCUUUCGUCGUGCUAACUCUGUAAGAGACAGAAUGAAGAAGUUUACAGAAGAACCCCCUGGUGCACCUCCUUCAUUAGGUUUCCGAUUCUCCAGCAUGAGGGGCGAGAGAGCCCCAGCCAGAGGAGCAAGGGUACUGCAACAACAGGGAUUGUUUUCUGCUAGUCAGAAAAAUGGUCAAGAAAACAAUCGUAAGACAGGACAGGAAGAAAAACUAGUAGCGAAAUCUGGACUGAGUCAAACCAGUGCCGGGCUUGGUAGCCACCGAGUGGAUCAUAGUACAAGCAGCAGUAGCAGAACACAAGAUAGUAAAAAUGCUUCUGUACCUGAAAUAAAGGGCUCCAAGAGUUCAGCCACAAAAGGAUCCUUGGCUCCCAGCUCUGCUGGACUCAGCACAUCCUCUGGGAAAGUGAGCAGAAGACUUCCCCAAAGCCAAGGCUCAUUCAUCCCAAAACAGGAGGGUGGGAGGAGCAACUCAAACCAAUUGCAAGGAACCCAGGUCACAACAGAGGGGGGCAAGCAACUUGAAAAUACAGAUGGGACCAUUACUACAUCAGUGGCUCAAGAACGUGUGCAGCCCUCUACACCAUCUCUCAACGCAUCAUCCGAAGACACUCAGGGUGAGAAGCAAGACGCAGACAUGAAGACCCUGCUCACCAUUGAGAUAAAAGAUGGGCGAAAUCAAGGGUCCACGAGCAGCAGGCUUGUGGGGCAACCAGGAAACCAGAGAGCAGAGUUGACCUUAGGACUGACAGCUUCACCUUUCCGAAUUGGCAACAGUGUCUCUGCAAGCAGCGUCAAUGCGGGCAGGAUAGUCGGUUCCAGUGCCAGCGCUGGUAAAGGCUUUAGUACAAGCAGCAUCAGCGUGGACAGCGGGUUCAGUGCAAACAGUGUGCUCUCAGAGGUUGAGCCGGAGCCAUCACCACAGGGAAAUAAGCAAGUUGAGAUAUUUCUUCCAAGCACAACUGAGAAUGUGAAAGUGGAACUAGAGAAAAAAGGCAAAGUGACAGCUGAGGAACUGCGCACUAUAGAAGAGGAGGAUGUGCUUGAUAAGAUGUUGGAUGCCACAACAGACUUUGAAGAGAGGAGGUUAAUCAGGACAGCCAUGAGGGAGCUACGGCAGAGAAAGAGAGAACAACGGGAGAAGGAGAGAGAGCAGCGCUUACAGGAACUAAAGAACAAGGAGAAGGAGUCCAGGAUGGCACGGACCACACAGACAAGUUUACGGCAGAGCGAAACCAUAAAUCACGGCUCAGCAAUUAGCACCAUCACUAAGACACAGAGGUUGGUGCAGUCAAAUAAUGGCAGCAAAACCUCAAGAACCACUACUGUUGAGGCCAGUUAUGUAAAACGAUCGGAGAAUGGUGGAACGGUUGUCCAGACGACAAAAUCUUCAUUCAGUGCCACAUCUAAGAAGGUCGGCAGUGUUUUUGAUCGUGAAGAUGACGGGGUGGCUGCCUUGGAGAGGAGGCAAGCAGAAAAGAAGAAAGAGCUCAUGAAAGCGCAAGCUCUGCCUAAAACACCAGCCACACAAGCCCGUAAGGCCAUGAUUGAAAAGCUGGAGAAAGAUAGUGGAAGUCCUUCUACUCCAGCUUUUUCCAAAGUUGCCACCCCCCGGUCCUCAGCAUUUGGUGUUCCUAAUGCUAACAGUAUCAAGCAGAUGUUGUUAGACUGGUGCAAAGCGAAAACUAGAGGCUAUGAGAAUGUGAACAUCCAGAACUUUUCUUCUAGCUGGAGUGAUGGAAUGGCGUUUUGUGCCUUGGUCCAUAAUUUCUUUCCUGAGGCGUUUGACUACAACACCCUCAGCCCACAAAACAGGAGACAGAAUUUUGACUUGGCAUUUUCUGCUGCAGAAUAUCUCGUGGACUGUGUCCCCCUGGUGGAGGUUGAGGACAUGAUGAUCAUGGGGAAGAAGCCAGACUCCAAGUGCGUUUUUACCUACGUCCAGUCCUUAUACAACCACCUGAGGCGGCAUGAAAUGCGUCUACGCAAGAACGAAUUUUAAUACAGCCCUUUUUAUCCCCUUGAAUUCUCCUGGCACAGCACCAGCACAAUGCGGCUAAUGCCACUGCAGUACUGCACAACUUCUAAGUUAACCCCCUCCAUCACUAAAGGGACACUGUAUGGGGUGACAUUGUGCUUUUUAAUGAUGCAGUUACUGACUACAUUUGACGUUGCUUUAUUAAUGCCUCCUCACUUUAAUCUGACUUUGGCCAGAGCUUUGCUGUGUGUUGCAGUGCAAUGCCUUGUGGCUCUUUGGUCAACUUCUGCUGCUGUGCUAGUAGGAUUAUGUCACUGCCUGGACUACCUAACCCUCUUCCCACAGAAUUAAUAUAUUUAGAUAGUAUUAUAAAAUAGCACCAGGUAAGUGCUGGGCCUUUACGUAAUCAGCCACAAGCUUCAGAACAAUUUUAUUCUCCACAUUCAUUGGCUCUCAAUUCUCUAUACACUUAGGCACAACUAGAGUGGCACUCGGAUAUAAUAUAGACCUACUUUGAGAAGUAAUCCAGAAUAUUGCUGAGAAGAGCUCACUAAAAUGUACUAUAUGUCUAGGCACAGAUGGUGAGCUGGUCAUUACUGAUCACUGUGGAUUUUCUUUGGUAGGUGAUACAGUCAUACACCUCAUCAUGAAUCCUAAUGCAUUCUUAAUGUAAAAGACAUGGACAUAGCCAAUAAUUAUCUGCAAGUAUGAAGGUUCAUGUUCCAUAUGGAUAUUUCUGCAUUAAAGAACAGUUUAUCAGUUAACGAACAGCAUGCCCUUGCCACAUUGGAAUGAAGAACAGUGUUUUGUAGGUAAAUACAGCUUAAAGGGGUUGUCCCAUUGUGACAACUUAUCCCCAAUACACAACAUAGGGUUUAAGGGUCUGGCCCCUGCCAAUCACAAGAAUGGAGGCCCAUGCUCCCUGGUUUGAAUGGAGCGGCAAUCACACAUGCAUAUUCACCGCUCCGCUCAACUGUAUGGGUCUGCCAGCGACAGCAAAGUACAAACACUCUGCUACUGUAUAUCUGCCAGAGCUGAAUCGAGCGACCGCACACAGGCACGGCUGCUGCUUCACUCAAACAGGGGUGCACUGAUCCCAUUCUCAUGAUUGGCGGAGAGCCCAGCUAUUGAUCGGGAAUACGUUAUCUUAAUAGGGACAACCACUUGAAUCAUUGCAUAAGGAGAAUACUUGUAGCGUUCUCAUACUUUCAGUUCUUCGCAAUUGUUUUGUGAUUAGUGAAUGGAAACGCUCAUACUCGCCGCUCAUUUGUGUAGCGGAGCUUUCAUUUCUACAUGCACAUGAGGAUGAUCUGGAUGUUUUGAAGAAUGUUCCCAUUCACUGACUAAGCUGAGAUUUGGAAAAUGUUUAGGGACUGAACCUUUGAUUACUCUGCGAUUUAAGCAGUAUUGAUAUAAAACCAGGAAACCUCUUAAUAACCAGCAAUUCGAAUCUUUUUGUUAGUAUCCGAGUGCUGAUCUAGGUGCCAACCAUCACAGCUAUGACUGACUCAUAGACAGAUAUUCUUUAUUGAAAGAGAACCUUUUGUUGAGCCCUCAGUGUUCUCCAACAUUUACCCUGAUUGUCCUGAUUUUUUUUUUUCUGUUUACCAAUACCAUUUUCCGGUCAACCCCCUUUUUAUGGUACCUCCACUAUGUGAGUAUAUGUAAAAAGUGUUCAGAUUUACAUUAUAUAGAGUCUAUGAUCUAUUUUAGAAAUGGAGUCCUUACAGUCUUGAAACCAUUUAUUUUAUCUUCUAAAUUAGAAAUGAUCUCAUUGGACAGACUGCAUUAUCAGGGUCCAACCAAGAGGCUAGAAUGUUUUCUUUUCUUGGUCAAUGUAAUACACCUCUAAUUUUAAAUGUGUCCGUUCCUUCCUCGUGCCAGAUAGUCACAAACUGUAGAAGUGGAUUUUUAUAAAAAAAUAUUUUAAUAUGGUUCAUUGCUUUGCACCACAUAUGCGUCAUACAUAUGUCGGUGCUGCUGCCUGCUUUCAUAUAUAACAGGUCUGCCGACUAGACAGUGACUUAAGUGCAUGUCAUUGUUGGCUGUCAUCCUUCCAGGAAUGCCACUGCAGUCUAUUGUAGCUUCUAGUGAUUUAGGAAUUAAGAUUUUAAAAAAAUUGCUGCAGUCUCGUUAUUUACAGUUUUGAGAGAGAGGAGUCAAUGAAUGAUCAUCUUAGAAAGUCAUCUUAGAUGAGAGCCUCAGGCUUUGUGCUUUCGGCUGUGUUUUCUCAGUUUUAAUUGACAGGCACAUGGAGCAUGCACACAUGUUUUACAAGGACCCUGAUACCUGUAAAGGUAGUGUGCAGCCAUGUUCCCUGGUGAUAAAAUAAUGAGCUGUAAUAAAGUCUAGUAGUAGUUGCGCAUUGCUCUUGCUCUUCCUUCAUACGACUUGUUCUUGGAGAAUUGAAUGCUUUGGGUGGAUUAAAAGUUAGAGUAUUUCCUUACAUAGUUAGACAGUGACCCUUUACCUUGCCCUGGUUACACAAUGGCUGUUUCAAUAUACAGCAACUCCUGUCAUGUUGAGAAGCAUCAAUGAUACCUAUAAGAAUCUUGAAGGUGAAAUCCAGUCAAAAUCAUCUGGUAUGUAAGAUUUACAUGAGCUUUUGAUCUCUGACCACCAUGGAUUUCCAAAAUGAAUUCUUACACCCAAAUAACUAUAUUGACUGGGAUGGUUACAAUCUGCCUUAUUUCCAGUGUCUGACAUAUCUGAGCAGUCAAAGGGGUUUGAGCUAUUUUUAUGUAACCCUUUUACUCAGGAAAUCGGUAGUGGUUCAGCUAAGACAUCACCAAUGUGAUCUUCUGGCGUGUAUCAGAUCAUUUUUGGAUUUCUCCAAUAACUACUACUACUCCAAAGGUGCAGACUCUGUGGGACCACCUAGACAGGGAGAUACUGGGUACACCUUGACACUGUAUCUAGUCCUCUUGGCAUAAGCAGUACAAUACUCCAUAAAGGCCACAUGUCCACCACUGAACCUUGUGUCGCUUACAGCCAGGUCUAGGUGUUUCCAGUGUGUUGAUGCCAGGUGCCUGUUAGGGAACUCUGCCAUGACAGGACUUGCAGUUUAACAAUAACCUGUUUGUCAUAUCAUCUUCUAGGUCUGUGAGGCAGUCUGUAUUUUCCUGCGCAAGGUAGUAGAUAAUAACUUUCAUGCAAAUCUAACACUACAGAGCUAGGCUCAGCCAUCAUGAAACUGUGAUAACCUCUCAUUUCUUGUCCCUCCCCUCUGAUUUAUUCCAUGUUUGUAAAGUGCACUUGCCAUUCUUUUUCCAGCAAAUGCUUUUUUAACUGUGUCUGUAUACUUUUAUUUGUAUAUUACAUACUUCAUUUUAUUUGCAUAAAUCCUAAAUUGUUUGUGACAUCAUAUCAGCAAUUUGUGCCAUACAGGUUUUUAUUGUUCCCGUUCUCUGAACAAAGGUUCAACAACCAGUCUGCCUGUUGUGACCAGAAAGCUAUGAUCACUCCUCAUACACAGCUAUUGUGUUCCAUUCUUUUUAUACACCAGCGUGUGCUGUCAUUUUAAUAAAUUUCUAUUAACUAA